AUGUUGGUGUGCAACGCGGCGACCUGGAUGGUCAAGCUAUUCCCAUUCCUACUACCUCUAACAUGCCAUGCUGCAACGAACAACCACCGUGUUGUGGUCUACUACCAAACUACAAACUACAAUGGGUCGGCCACCGAGCACGUGUCUCUACUUCCACUGAUCAACAGUGAAGCCAAAAUUCCCGUCACCCACGUCCUGGUGUCUGCUCUGCACAUUGACGAUAAGGAUGGUAUUCACCUGAACGAUUACCCACCGGACAACCCGAUAUUUGACGAGGUCUGGAGUGAUGUUGCACAGCUGCAGGCCAAGGGCGUCGUGGUCACCGGAAUGCUCGGUGGUGCGGCCCCGGGUUCGUUCACGCGCCUGGAUGGCGACGAUGCCCAGUUCGAGAAGUACUAUGGUCCGCUGCACGACACUAUCGGGCAAUACAACCUCCAGGGUCUCGACCUGGACGUAGAAGAGAACAUGUCCUUGAAUGGCAUCAUCCGCCUGAUCGACCGCCUGAGGAAAGACUUCGGCGAUGACUUCGUCAUUACCUUGGCGCCAGUAGCAUCUGCCCUCCAGAAAGGCGGUGGCAACCUGAGCGGCUUCGACUACUUCAAGCUCGAAGCUCAGCGCGGAAGCGAUAUCGAUUUCUACAACGGGCAGUUCUACUCGGGCUUCGGCAGCGCCGCGUCCACAAGCGACUACCAGGACAUCAUCGACGGCGGCUUUCCCGCCGAGAAGGUGGUCAUGGGUCUCCUGACGAACAAGGCCAACGGGAACGGCUUCGUCGCCCUGGACACCUCGGCCGGCGUGAUCAAGGAGCUGGUGGCCGAGUAUCCCGACUUUGGUGGCGUCGCGGGCUGGGAGUACUUCAACAGCAUGCCUGGCGGCCAGAAGGAGCCGUGGAAGUGGGCAAGCUGGGCUACCAAUGCCUUGAGUGCCUCUUCGACGACCGAUACGUCAAGCCCCAAGUUCAUGGUCAAGAGAGCUGCUCACGAUACUUGGCACGUGGUGAGGCGGUGGGGACGACAGACGUGGAGGUUCCUCAAGUAG